AUGUCCUCAGCAGUACCUUAUGACCCAUAUGUUCCACCAGAAGACGCACAUCCACAACAAAACUCUAGGACAGCCGACCUACAAGCAGAGAUCGAUGAUACCGUCGGUAUAAUGAGAGAUAAUAUCAAUAAAGUCGCUGAACGUGGUGAGAGAUUGACUUCGAUCGAGGAUAAAGCUGACAAUUUGGCUGUAUCGGCACAAGGUUUCAAGCGUGGUGCUAAUAGGGUGCGUAAACAGAUGUGGUGGAAGGAUUUAAAGAUGAGAAUGUGUCUGGUGUUAGUGAUUAUCAUUCUUUUAGUAGUGAUCAUUGUUCCUAUUGUUGUACAUUUCACAUAG